CCACCACGUGGUCUUCUCUUAGAUGGCUGAGGUGGAACUCAAUGCAUACAAACACUUCGUCCUUGCGCACCACCGCCCGCACAACUUCCUCUUUCUCUUCCCCACCAACUCUAUUUAUACCCCAUUUUCUCUCCCUUUCUCUCCAAAACUCUCUCCCUCCUCUUCUUCUUCUUCUUCUACCACUACUCUCUCAGAGACAAAAUUAGAAAACAAACAUUUGUUUUUCUCUCUUUGUUUUCAAAAUCAAAACAAGUCGAAGAAGCGGAUCGAUUCUUCUUCACUGCCAUGGCUGCUUUUCCCUCACUACCACCACAUUCACCACCACCACCACCGUACUCAAGUAUUGGUUGGGCUAGAGCCCAAAUAUCUCACUCUCAUACUCUUCUGCCAUCCUCUUCGUCGAUAGUAGAAAUGGGCUUCCCUUCAAAGUCCAUCUCUUUCACGAAGAAAGACAACAAUAACAACAAGAAGCCCAACAAUACCAGAACAGCCGGCAGCAGCAGCAUUCGCUGUGCUUCCGUGCUUCAUUUCCCAAAACAACCGUACCAACCGCCUGUAAUUACCAGAGAGGAUACCCCUGCAACCGUAAAGCCCAAGAAGAAGAAGACCCUUGAUCAUCAACCCCUACACUGGAAUUCACUACAAAGAGCAGCCGCCAUGGCUCUCGACAUGGUCGAAGGCGCAUUGGUCUCCCGUGAGCGCCAACACAAGCUCCCCAAAACCGCCGACCCAAAUGUCCAAAUCUCCGGAAACUUCGCUCCGGUCCCUGAGCAACAAGUCCGCCACUCACUACCGGUCACCGGCACAAUUCCCGAUUGCAUUAACGGUGUCUACCUCCGAAACGGCGCCAACCCGCUGUUCGAGCCGGUUGCCGGUCACCACUUCUUCGACGGCGAUGGUAUGGUUCAUGCCAUCCGCAUCAAUGGCGGCUCAGCCAGCUACGCCUGCCGUUUCACCGAGACUCAGAGGCUGGUCCAAGAGCUAGAGCUCGGUCGGUCGGUGUUUCCCAAAGCAAUCGGUGAGCUCCACGGGCACUCUGGAAUUGCCCGCCUCCUUUUGUUUUAUGCGAGAGGGCUUUUCGGCCUCGUCGACCAUAGCCAUGGCACCGGAGUUGCCAACGCCGGUCUCGUAUACUUCAACGGAAGACUGCUGGCCAUGUCGGAGGAUGACCUUCCUUAUCAGGUGCGCAUCACACCCUCCGGUGACCUUGAAACCGUAGGCCGUUACGAUUUCGAUGAGCAACUCCGUUCCACUAUGAUAGCGCACCCCAAGGUGGACCCAAUCUCCGGCGAGCUUUUCGCUCUGAGUUACGACGUUGUUAAGAAACCGUAUCUCAAGUACUUCAAAUUCUCUUCCGACGGAACGAAGUCGCCGGACGUCGAAAUUUCCCUUCCGGUGCCGACGAUGAUGCAUGAUUUCGCCAUCACAGAGAAUUUCGUGGUGAUUCCGGACCAGCAGGUGGUCUUCAAGCUCCAAGAGAUGAUUACCGGCGGCUCUCCAGUAGUCUACGACAAGAACAAGAAAGCACGGUUUGGGAUUCUAAGGAAGAAUGCCAGUGACGCUUCCAGUAUCAUCUGGGUGGAAUCGCCGGACACGUUUUGCUUCCACCUCUGGAAUGCCUGGGAAGAACAGGGGACCGACGAGGUGGUGGUAAUCGGGUCGUGCAUGACUCCGCCGGACUCUAUUUUCAACGAAUGCGAUGAGAGCUUGCAGAGCGUUCUGUCGGAAAUCAGGCUCAAUUUGAAAACAGGAGAGUCAACGCGCCGGUCAAUAAUCGCUGACUCUGGGCAAAUAAACCUGGAAGCCGGCAUGGUGAACCGGAAUCUGCUAGGAAGAAAGACCCAAUUUGCUUACUUGGCAAUCGCAGAACCGUGGCCCAAAGUUUCGGGUUUCGCGAAAGUGGACCUCAAAACAGGGGAAGUAAAAAGGUACAAUUACGGCGAGCGAAGAUACGGUGGGGAGCCAUUUUUCCUUCCCAAAGACCCGGCAAAUUCAGAGAGUGAAGAUGAGGGGUAUAUUCUAGCAUUCGUUCACGACGAAAGGACAUGGAAAUCGGAGCUGCAGAUUGUGAACGCCCUGAAUUUAGAGUUAGAAGCUUCAGUAAAGCUGCCGUCGAGAGUACCGUACGGUUUUCAUGGCACAUUUGUAAACUCUAAAGAUUUGGCAAACCAGGCGUAGAGAGAGUGAGUAAAUUUAGAGGGAGUGUCAGUCAGUGUGCUUUGCUACUAGCUAGUGUUACAUUUUUGUGGACUGGUGAAAAACAGAAAAAGUGAAAAAUAAAAAAAUAUAAACUUAUGAAAGGAGAAUUAUACCAGAGGGAUGGCAGAGGCCGACAGAUCCCCGGAUUCUCCUGCUGGAACAUUAAAACCCUAACGACCGUUUUGCUUAUGUUAGGCUUUUGUCCUUUAUUGGGGAGACCAGUUUGUAGCUUUUGGAUCGUAGAUAGUUUUCGAGCUCAGCUGGUUUAUAUGUUCAUUACUAUUCUUACUUUACAGUAGAAGUUGAUGGUUCUUUAAAUGUUCUGUUCUGAAUCUGCACUGUCAAUGUUGUUUCAUAUUGUUCCAUAUACAUAAUAAAUUUAUAUAAAAUAGUUUCAACA